GUUCACUCCGCCGCCAAACCAGGCUCCCGGAGCGCAAGCCAUGCCUGCCCCUCCUCCGCGCGCUGUCUCCACUGGCUCCUCUCCCCCGCUGCCCGCCUGUCCCUCUGGGCUGCCCGGGCGCCACCACUGCUGUCCCCAACCCGCCCCGGCAGACGUGCCAAAGGGCAGCGUGACUCACGGCGCUGCCACCAGCCCACGGCUUGCCCCGAGACGUAUAAAGGCUGCUCUGGCCCGGGGCUGCCUAGCCGAGCCCUGCCCUGCCCUGCCCUGCCUGGCGCGAGGCGCGCAGAACAUGGCCCAAGGCGAGGAACGAGGGCGCGGGCCCGCGGGCUGGGGGCUGCGCGGCGCCCUGGCAGCCGUGGCGCUGGUGUCGGCGCUAAACGCGGCGGGCACGGUGUUUGCGCUGUGCCAGUGGCGGGGGCUGAGCGCGGCGCUGCGGGCGCUGGAGGCGCAGCGGGGCCGGGACCAGCGGGAGGACGCCGCCCUGCGCGCCUUCUUGACCGAGUUGAACCGCGCGCCGCGCAGGCCGUCCGCGCCGCCCGCGGACCCGGCGAGCGCCGCGCGCAACAAGCGCAGCCAUGGCGGGGAGCCCGCGACGCACCUCCGCGCCGAGAGCCAGGACAUGCUCAUGAUGAUGACCUACUCCAUGGUGCCGGUGCGAGUGAUGGUGGACCUGUGCAACAGCACCAAGGGCAUCUGCCUCACAGGACCUCCCGGCCCCCCAGGACCUCCGGGAAUCGGUGGCUUACCAGGGCACAACGGAUCUGAUGGACAGCCUGGCCCCCAGGGCCCAAAAGGAGAAAAAGGAGCCAACGGGAAAAGAGGGAAAAUGGGGCUACCUGGAGCCAUAGGAAAUCCCGGGGAAAAGGGAGAGAAGGGGGACGUCGGUGAACUGGGCUCGACUGGCAACGAGGGCCCGCCGGGACAGAAGGGGGCCAAGGGAGACAAGGGAGACGCGUCCAAUGACGUGCUUGUGGCAGGUGCCAAAGGUGACCCAGGCCCAGCUGGCCCACCUGGGCCCCCAGGCCCCCCAGGGCCUCCAGGGCCCCCUGGAAGCAGAAGAUCCAAAGGCCCUCGGCAGCCAAACCUGUUCAACGGCCAGUGCCCAGGCGAGACAUGUGCCAUACCCAACGAUGACACCUUGGUUGGAAAAGUUGACGAGAAAGUCAAUGAGCAUCACUCCCCCAAAGCAGAAUCCACGAUCACGUCCAUUGGGAACCCAACACAAGUCUUCAAGGUCAAGGAGACUUUUGGGACUUGGAUACGAGAGUCUGCAAACAAGAACGACAGCCGCAUCUGGGUGACUGAACACUUUUCAGGCAUCAUAGUGAAGGAGUUCAAAGACCAGGCCGCCCUCCUGAACGGCAGCUGCACGUUCAUCCACCUGCCCUACUAUUUCCACGGCUGCGGCCACACCGUGUACAACAACUCUCUCUACUACCACAAAGGGGGCUCCAACACCAUCGUGAGAUUCGAUUUUGGCAAAGAAACAUCAGAAACGCUAAAGCUUGAGAACGCCCUGUAUUUUGACCGCAAAUACCUUUUCACCAAUUCCAAGACGUACUUCAACCUGGCUGUGGACGAACAGGGGCUGUGGAUCAUCUACGCGUCGAGCGUGGAUGGCUCGAGCAUCCUUGUCGCACAGCUGGAGGAGAGGACCUUCUCCGUGGCACAGCACAUCAAUACCACGUACCCCAAGUCCAAGGCGGGCAACGCCUUCAUCGCCCAUGGCAUCCUCUACGUCACAGACACCAAAGACACGAGGGUAACGUUUGCCUUUGAUCUGUUAGGAGGGAAGCAGAUCAACGCCAACUUCGAUGUCAGAACUUCCCAGUCCGUUCUCGCCAUGUUAGCCUACAACAUGAGAGACCAGCACCUGUACUCCUGGGAAGAUGGCCACCUGCUGCUGUACCCAGUGCAGUUCCUGGCAGCUCCAUUCAGCCAGUGAUGUGCUGCGUUCUCUUCUCCUCACUGGAUCUCACAUGUCUUCUGGGACCAUUUUUGUCUCAUCAGAAAACCUGUCUUUAAAGGUAGCCGGGUUCUUAGAGCUUAAUCUCACAUCAUGUGCAUUCCCGUAGUCAGCGCGCCCCCUGCAAAACCCUAGUGCCCGCUGUGGGGUAGCAUCAGGCUGGAAGUUGCAAUGGCCCUGGAGCUUCCUCCAUGUAUGAGUUGGCCAGGUUGCCGCCCCUUCCUUGGGCCUUGGUUUCCCCAUUGGUACUAUUCAGCAGGUGACCAAGAAAAUGGGCACAGUUUUCUCUACCUACAAGAAAUGCUGUGGGUUUUGGUUACCGCUACUCUCACAGUUUUUAUAGACCCGUUUUCUGUUUUUUUGUAGCCGGGUGCUAAGUAAAUUUACCUGUAAGAUCAUAGCCCUGUUGCUUCAACAGUGAAUUCUGCAGUGCUGUGAGAAAAUGCGCUGAGCCUUUAUGGCUUCGAAGGCACCAUGCCGUCCAUAAUUUAUUACUUUUCUCCACAUUGCACCUGCUGCUCAGAGUGACCCGACCCUCUGCCCUUGAUUGCAGCUCCCCGAUCAGCAAAAGCCAAGAGCAGCUACAUGCCCAGGCUUCUCAGUGAGACAGCAUCGGCCCUUCAGGGUUUCUAUCCAUUUCCCAUCAGGCUGACUUGCAGCAGUGGGUCUCCAGGGCGCUCCGGCUGCUGCUGCUCCUUUUUUUUAAGGGAAAGGGUUUACUGAUGGAAAUCCGACAGAUUGGAGGGAAGGGGCGAAGAAGAAAGAGUGGGGUCAACGGAAAGAGACAAUGAGUCUGGCUUCUUCUACCACAGCCACAGAUCCAGAGUAAAGGGGCCCCCCUGCCCCUGCCUUAGCCAUGGUUUCAGUUCCCACAGUUAACAUAGUCCAAGAAUACAUCCAGUACAAGGAGGGAUUAAGAUAUUCAGAGUGACACGCAGAGUGAGAGAGGCCACAUUCACAUAACCUUUAUUACAGCAUAUGGUUACAGUUCUCCUUAGGUAUUAGUUAUUGUUGUUAAUCUCCGCCUCUGCAUCAUUUAUAAAUUGAACGUUAUCAUAGGUAUAUGUAGGAAGAAACCAUGGCCUAUAUAGGGGUCGGCAUUGUCUGUGGUUUCGGACCGGACAGCAGGGGACUGCUGGACUACAUGCUGUGGGAAUGGACUGUGUCCGGCCGGAACUGUGACACUCUACAAUCUUUGGAAGAGAGGUACCAUUUGUGAGUUUAUCUAGAUCGGGGGUGGGAAAACUGGCCAGAAGCCAGUUCUUCACAUGUUCUUGUAAAUAAAGCUUUAUUAAAACAGUCCCCUUCAUUUGUUCAUGUAUCAUAGACAGUCACUGUUGCUCUGUAGUAGUGGACAGGAGCAGGUGCAGCAGAGGCUGGGUGGGCCCACAAAGCCUAAAACAUCUACUAUCAGCUUGUUUCGUUUUGUUCCAGACUGAGAAGUGGUCAUUGCUGCGGUCUGGGGUUUAGGCAGAGGGGAAGGCUAAGAACAGCACAAAAUGCAGGGGCCCUGUGUGAAGCCCUGAGUGAGCUGCUCUUUGCUAUAGCUAAUUUUAAAGGUGGUGAUCUAGGGUCCUUGGAGGGCAGGUGAGACUGCAGGUGAACCAGCUCCUAAGUGCCGUACACACACACGCACAUUUUCUGCCGGCUCAGUUCUUUGUGCACCCUGCGCCGAGUGCCCUGCAGGGCCACUGGGAGUAGAGAGGACGUUGGGAAAAGGCCCUGGGCGCUGCAGCCAGGCACGGGAACUAGAACAGUGCUUACAUAAAGCUCUGUCAGCAACUUGCCCCAGCCUGUGGGUGUCCUGAAACUGUCUGGACCCAGAUUCGUUUUCAGUGGCCUUGAGUCAUCGCUUUCUACCGUAUUAACAGAAGCAUUUUCCAACUUCAGGGAAGAACAGAUCUAAUGGUUUCAGUCUCCCCCACUCUCCGAAGAUACCUGGGCAGCUGUUAGCAACUUAUUUGUUGUUGUGUUUUAAGAUAAUGGAUAUUUGAAACUAACCCCUCCCCUCACUUUUAAUUACUUGGUUGCAUUGUGUCAUCAUAGCUUUUUAAAAAAGCCCUUUCAAGGCCGGCACUGUGGUACAGCGGGUUAACACCCUGGCCUGAAGUGCCGGCAUCCCACAUGGGUGCCAGUUCAAGUCCUGGCUGCUCCACUUCCGAUCCAGCUCCCUGCUAUGGCCUGGGAAAGCAGUGAAAGAUGGCCCAAGUCCUUGGGAGACCCAGAAGAAGCUCCUGGCUCCUGGCUUCGGAUUGGCGCAGCUCCAGCCGUUGUGACCAAUUGGGGAGUGAACCAUCAGAUGGAAGACCUCUCUCUCUCUCUGCCUGUCCUCUCUCUGUGUAAC